AUGUGGAUUGUAGGCACCAUAGCUUUGACCCUUUUCAAGCAACUUCUAUUAUGUUCCCACUAUCAAUAUAAUCAAGUUUCCCUGGUCCGCGCCCUGAGCUACUUGAAACUUAUCGAGCGAAACCAGACCAAGAUUACUGAGGAUUUGAUUAAAGCGGCACUUUCAGUGUCCAUCAAGCUCAUGGGUCAUAGAGAAGAAACGGUUGAAGUCACCCAAGCGAUAUUCAAUUGCGGGAACAGAACGUCCACACCCGGUUUACCCCUCGAAGAGAUCGUUUGGGCGAACGAAGUGUACUUGUUGCGCGCAUUGGAUUAUGACCUCUUUCUGGACGAUGGCUGGGACCAAUGCUUGAUGUAUGAAUCCCUCUUGGAUUCCUCGAUCGUCACGAACCUAUGCUUGUAUGGCAUGACGCAGCUUGACAUAGACUGGACCGCCACAGCAGUCGUGGCUGCGAGUGAGGCUUGGUGCCGAUCAAAGCCUUUGUCAGAUACCCAGUCGCAGGACAUCGGCCACGCUCGAAAGAAUGCGCGUCUUCUGUUUGUGCAGUAUCGUAUACAGGAGGCAGUGGUCUGUCAGAUGCUGGUCGCAGCCAUGUUGUUUUCUCACCCUUAG